AUGGCCCUUCUCAAUCCGACUUUCCUCCUGGGAGUGCUCGUCCUACUGUACCUGUCGUCUUUUGUCUUUUUCGCUGUUAUUCGAAUCCUCACUGGCGUCUCCAUCCAACGAAUCGGAUACCUGUCGCUACGCCGGCUCGCGUACACCCCUCGAGAUGGCUGCAGAGUCGAGGUAAGAGGGCUGGGGCUCAACAUACACCGACCGACUUUUGCCCAGCCAACUUGGAUAAGUCUAGUUUUGAACGAAUUGGCCGUCACGGUGGACGUACGCGAGCUUGAGGGACACAAGCCUCCCAACAACGACGGCGGCGGCGGCCAUGACGAAAAGUCCGGAAGCGAGGCCUCCCCUGAUGAGUCUGCGCCGCCGCCCAAGACUCAGCGCCCGCGCCGAAACGCCGACACCCAAUCUCGAAGCGAAACGUGGGAAAGGUUGGCUAAGCUCAAGGAGAGAAUCAAGAAGCUACACACAAACAUACGAUGGCUGAGAAUGAUUGAUGUGGUCGCCACCAACUCGACCAUAAAUGUUGUCGACGUGGGCAGCAUUCAGGUCGGCAGCCUUACUGUGGCCGUUGACACGAGGAGGAAGAUUGUUGACCACGCCCGGCUCUUCAAAUUUCACUCGAGGAAGAAGGAGCAACGACAAGCUGAGUGGAUCAUAUCUUUGCGCAGCGUUCUGUUCACUGCCGAUGGGAGCGAAUCGCUCGAGGUCCUGGACCAUUGCUUACUCAAUGUCCAUGGCUUCUUGUACGAGUCGCGGCAAGGCCUGCGUGAUGCUACCAUCUCCUUGAAGCUUGGCCGAGUCCAUGUGCCGUACGACGACCUGAACGCUUGCGCAUCUCGACUAAAAACUUGUCGCAGGCGACCAAACGCCGUCGACUUUGACGAACCCGUAGACAUUGUCCUCUCUCAUGUCACCGAAGACUCGGGCAAUAAAGGCACACAACAGGAUGACCUGAUGAAGGCCGUGACAGAUUCAAGAGAGUUUGUUAGUUCAAUCCUGCGGGGCAUCAAGGAGGUCCAAUUCGCAGUCAGUUAUGUCGGCAUGACCCAAAGGAUAGAAUCUGUCAAGCCUGAAGGCUCGCCUAUGCUCCUCAACGCCUCCAUGAAGGAGGUUGGCAUUGAUUUGCACCGUCUAGAUCCGAAAUCUCCAGCCCAUCGCAUGUACUUCUCACCUAAGGACAUUGCCCACGAGGCUCUCGCAGCCGCACUAUCCCUUUCUGUUGGAAUCGACGAUGGUCACGGCACCCCCCAACGACUCUUGUAUAUACCCAUGACCACCACCACAGUUAGGACCACCCUUCCAUCAAAAACGAUUCAGUUGGCUGAGGACGGCGCCAUUGGCGAAAAGAAUGCCAAUAUUAUGUUUGCCAAUUCCGUCAUCACCUCGCCGUCCGUGGAUCUCGAUCCUGCCCAUCUCCCUCUCCUCAUUGCCAUGAUGCAACCCAAACCCAAGGCACCAAAAUCCUCACGUGUGAGAAACCACAGUGUUUUGUCCAGACUCCUUCCAAAAGCCAGUAUCAAAUUCUCAAUGCACGAACCGGUUCUUCGUAUGAAGCUUAAACCGUUACAGGAUACGGAAGAUGCAGAUGAUUUUGACCUCAUUAUUUCAUCAAUAUCCUCUGUUUCAUUGGAUGUUGAGGCAUCACACUCGACCAUGGAAGAUAUGCACUAUUUUCUGGACGGAGCCAUGAGAUUACAGUCUCAUCAUUUAUAUUACCAGACUUGUACGGGUGAUAGGUUCAACCUGAUUACGACGGAGUCCUUCGACCUGAAGGCACACUUAGCCGCGAGACCUGACGUUUGUGUCGAGCUUACCGGAAAUAUCCAAUCAUUUGGGAUCAGCAUGGUGCGACCUGAGAUAACGGACGGGCUCCGCCAAAUUGUUCGGCAGCUUCGCAUCGAUGUGGAACCGGAGAAGCGAUUCAAAUCCAAGACGGCAAAGCAUCAGAAUUUUUUGCGAUCUCUGCCUGAUUGGCUCGUUAGGUACCAGAUUGAAGCCACAGACUUCAAUGUCGAAGUAGCUGGUGUAGACGAGGACAUAUCAGAUGAUACCAGGGGUGUCACCAUACAUCUAGACUCAUUCUCUGCCGAAUACAGGGCGCACCGUCUAGAUGGUCUGCAGCGACGGCCAGGCAGGCGGCGAACUCACAGCAGAUCUGUUACACAAUCUGACUCAGAUUUGACACCGUCACCAGCUUCUCCCCGGUUCAAGAAGAAACCACAGAUUACCGGGGACGGACGUCGGCUAGCGCUGUAUGCAAAAGGCAUCGAGGCCCAAAUUGUCGAGGGCUCAGAUCAUCUCGAGGUCGAGCCGUUUGUCAAUGUUCCUCGCCUUGAAUUGGCUUUUUCAGCUACUAGUGAUAACCAUGGCCCAAUGUUCCACAUACAGUCUACAAUCAAGACCAUCAUGCUACAGUAUUCUCUCUACCGACACUACGCAGUCGGUGUUGCCGUUUUGACGUUGCGCAAGGCCUUCAUGCGAACUGGGCGAGAUGUGCCCCGACCGCAACAGCACGGAACGUACGAGAAGGACCACCUCCGGCCGCCCGGUAGCUUAAGGGUCCCAGAUGCGGAUGGCUCAUCCACGACACCGUCGGAGUUAAUCACAGUCGAUGUCAAAGCAGCCUUGGUCCAAAUCAAAGCGGAAAUGCCCCACGAGCCGCUGUUGAUGCUUCGUGUGUAUGGGCUCGAGACUGGACGUCAUCGAUGGUCGACGCCGUUUUUGACCUCAAAGGUCAUCAGGCUCUACGUUGAAACACCACGCAUGCGUAAUGUGUGGUCAAGGAUGAUUGGUAUUAAGCAUGGCCGUGUCGACCUUCGUGAGUCAAAGCACAAAGCCCCUCAAGGUGGCUAUGUGGAAGAGAAGAUGUUCGACGUGGCCACGGAAGCUCUUCGUAUCGCUAUCCCACAUGAGGUCAUCGUUUCCCGCAUCACGGAUAACUUUAUCAACGUAAUAAAAUCAGUAAAGCAGCUUCACCAUCGAUUCAAAACCGGCACAAAUGAGUAUAUUCUUGAAAAGAAACCCGAAGAGCCCAAACACGUACCCAAGGUCUCCGUCCGCUCGCGGAGCUUUCUCUUUGAGCUCGAAGAUGGUGCAUUUGAAUGGAAACUAGGCAUCAUCUACCGUACGGGUCGGGUGGAGCAAACCCAGCGACUGGCCCGGGAAGAAGCUUUUGAAGCCAAAUCUAGGAAAGUUCAGGAUGAGGAACUGCGCAAGGGCGGAGGAAAGCUUCGUGCUCGAUCGACAUUUCCUCGCGGCCGUGGAGAGCAUUCAGCCUCAUCGUGGUUCAGAAGCAGAAGCGCGGAUGCCUACAAGGCCGACGAUACUGGUCACGAGAUUAAAGGCGGCACCAUGCCUAGAUAUGAUCCCGACCGAGAACAUGUUGGCAUCCAUGGAAAUUCCAAACUGUCUGAAGCUGAGGCUCAUACUGCUCUUCACAGGUUCAACGCGCAGUCCUGGAAAAAGCGCAUUGACCGGGCUUACGAAACGUCACGAAAGAGUAUGCGUGAGUUGCGUGAGACUUUCUGGGGCCCUAAUCAUUUACCCGAUGAUGUAGAAGAGACGGAAAAUAUUCUAGAGGUUCCUCAGCGCCCUGCCCUUAUGUCCGCACUGAUAUCUGAGCUUCACUUCAUGAUUGACAAACCGUCCUUUGCAAUGAAGGAUUUGCCCGACUUUAUCCAUACGGUUGGCAAGGGAAUGCCAAAGGAUAUGCAGUAUGGGCUUCUCGUACCCAUGCACGUUGCAAUUCAAAUGGGCGAAGCUCGCAUGACGUUGCGCGACUAUCCGCUGCCCUUGUUGCAUAUCCCAGGUCUCAAAACAGGACAGUCGUCAAGACUGCAGUCCGUGUCUCUGAAGGCUAAUUUUGUACUGGCGGAAGAAUUCAGGGGACAUGAGUCGACGAAGAAAGUCAGAGUCGAUGUUGUGCCCCCACGAUCUAGCGACCCCAAGUCUUCUAAAGAAGGUUCCUUUGCUAUUGAAGUCCGAAGGACCAUCGGGCCAGUCAAGUCGUUUUCGGAAGUGUUUAUGGACAUCAACACGGCCCUGCCAACACGAAUCACAUGGGGUCCGUGCUAUCAACCCGCCAUCCAGGAUAUGAUGAUGGUCAUUGAGUCCUUCACGAAGCCACAAGUCGACCCAUCAGAACGAGUCGGCUUUUGGGACAAACUCCGUCUCAACACACAUUCCCGUGUCCAUGUGGCCUGGAAGGGGGAUGGUGACAUGCACUUGUCUCUUAAGGGCACUAGGGACCCAUACCUAGUAAUUGGAAAUGGUGCCGGGUUCUUAAUGUGCUGGCGCAAUGACAUUAGAUGGCACAUCAAUGCCGAGGACAAUCCUAAACGAUUCAUGACGGUGGAUAGUGGCGAGUACGUGCUUGCAAUCCCCGACUACAGCCACCAAGUCCGCGAAGCUGCCCGUCGACAUGACCACGGGACUGCACGUGUGGUUGGGGAUACAUGCGCCGAUGGUGCCAUUUUUAAGAAGGUGAUUAUGAAACUCUCGGGCAAAGUACAGUGGAUGGCGGGCUUGUUGUUCGAGCGUGCCAUCGAAAAUGGGGAGAGGAGCUUCUCAUUCAAGCCUCACUAUGAAGUAGUGCUGAAAAAUCCAAUCUACGCGAAACCUGAUCCGGACGGUCUGCCGUAUGACGCGUUGAGGGGAUUUAGAAGUCGGCAUAUUCAUCUUUCAAUCGCAGUUCGCGCACCCGUCGACCGAGACUGGAUGUCUGAGAAAACAGAGCCAUCUAGGAGCUACAACACGGUCCAUCUUACUCCGCGAUUUUUUACACAUUUCUUCCAGUGGUGGGGUUUGUUUGGUCAGCCCAUGUCACUCCCUAUUCGACAAGGAAACCUCUGGCCUGGGCGGGAGAAGAGUAGCAAAAAGUUUGGAAGGCAUCUUGCCACAGUCAAAUACAACCUGUUGCUGGCUCCCCUGUUUCUCAGUCACAUCUACAAACACAAGGAUGCCGAAGAUUUCGCUGAGAACGCCGUUUCCGCGACUGGCUUAAAAGUCCGCUUUGACAGCUUCAUGCUUGACCUUCACCAACGAAGAGAAGAGUUUAACACACUUGCCAAAGGAAAGAGCACUCAGAGUAGGACGUCUGGGAUUAAGAUUCACGCAGCCCAACUUGAUCUCACCAAUGCAGAUGUUCGUGCUGUUUCAGCAAGCUUACGAGGCACCACUACAGAGGCCAUCAGGAAGGGGACCAUUUCCACUUUAAUCACUGAGCAGGAUGAUAAGCCCGACUUGUCUAGAUUCACCAUCCCUGAUAACGACUUUAGUUGGAUCGACAUGGAUGAUUUUGUAGAAUUGGACUGGAUUCUACCCACCGAACCUCAUCCUGAUACCAAAAUUUUACCGCUUGCAUUUGCCCCUCGUCUCACAUAUUUCCGACAAACGGACAUUGGGGGGAUUAUUGCUGGCGACCCGACACGAACAAGCCCAUUUGGCAAUGAGCCCACCCAUUUCUGCAUCAUGACACAUGACGACGACCCAAGACGAGUCCAGAGCCAGCUAAUCCAAGAACGACUGGAUCAACUAGCCAUUCAGAUGCAGACGCACUCCCGAAAUAUUGGCGAGGCAGAGUUGAGGGUGAUCCAAACCAAUGGAGAGGAACCUGAGCUUGUAGAGCAUUUCGACGCACUAAAGAAGCAUGUCAGCGUUCUCAAAGACAAGGAACUAUUCCUGAACACCAUGCUUGACCAGAUGCAAAAUAAAGUUCGCGGAAGCAGCAAUGGGCACAGAAGACCGUCAGAGCCAUCAUCAUCAAGUUCCGAAGAUCUUGUUGACAUGCCACCCACCGCGGAAUUUGAAAGCGAGUUCAAGAACCGAUUUGUCAUUCACAAUUUGCAACUCAAAUGGAAUAACCUGCUGCGAAAUAUUGUGCUUCGAUACAUUCACCAAAACAGCCAACGACGUGGUUUCGUCUAUUACCUGUCACGGCCCGCCGUCAAAUUCAUCUUGGAUAUUGUUGAAGAGCAGAGCAGGGCAAAGGCCAACAAAACUGCCAAAGGCGGUGCCCCUUCAACCACCAAUGGUGGUACGUCGUCACCCAGUCCUAGUGUACCGGAAAAAGAUAGCGCUGCAGACCUCGAGGAUCGCAUAAAAAGCAUUCUCGAAGACGGCAAACGCUUCACAGACACCAGCUUCGACGCCAAUGGCGACGUGAAUUGUGGUUCGAUUGAAGACCUGGAGGGUGGCAUUGCGAAGGAAUUCAGCCCCCAAAGCAGCUAUCAUGUUCGAUUGAUAGCUCCGCAAAUUCAGCUCCAAAGCGAAAAGAACAAAAAACAUGUGGUUCUUGUCACCGCCAAGGGUAUGGAGCUCAAGGUUCUUGAGGUCAUGGACAAGGAACGAAUCUCUGAUACUGUCAGUGGUCUGGUCCAGCGCCGUUUUCUCGUAAACAUGGACAGUACACAGUUCUUUGUUACCCACCAAAAAUGGUUCCUGACUAGUUUGGUUUCCAUGUAUGCGGGUAGCAAAUACGGCGCACCGAACGGGUCUGCCUGGCCGCCAUGGGUUCCUAUGGAGGUCAUGUUCAAUUUCCAGACCGAUCCUUUUGGCUUUAAACGUGUUGUCCAGAAGACAUCUGCCAUGCUUCGUUAUGACAAAUACAAUAACUUGCGUCUGAAGUACAACGACGAGGUCAACGAAGAUGGCGGAGAGGAUGUUGCCUCGAGCGAAAAUGCCGAAUGCCGAUCGGACAAUCUCUGGGUUGAAUUUCCACAAGCACGAGCGCUUUGCAACAGUUCUCAAUACUAUGCCAUGUACGUAAUCGUGCUGGACCUGCUGAUGUAUAGCGAGCCGCUGGAGAAGACCCGCAGUGAGCGACUUGAGAAGAUUAUGCUCGCAUCCGACUUCAGCGAUUUGAGUGGAACACCGCGGAUGGUGCAGAAACUCCAGGAGCGUAUCAGACAGUUGGAGGACAUCAAGCACCAUUUCCAGGUCUACUCUAAAUAUCUGGAUAAGAAGGGCUGGGAAGACAGACUCGCCCUUGAACGAGAUUUGGCAAGCUGUGAAGAUGAACUUUUCUUCAUGAUGAAGGCUAUUACUACAUCUCAGCGCAAAUAUGAAAUCGAUAGCGACACAAGUGCGUUACUGAAGUGGAGUAUUUCUGCGCGGGACAUUGUGUGGCAUCUCAUCCAAGACUCUGCAGAGCCACUCGUUGAGCUGCAACUCAAGGACGUCGAGUACGAUCGUACCGAUAACUCUGAUGGCUCUCACAUGAAUCUUAUUCGGGUCGGAAAAGUCCUUGGUCUUAACCUACUACCUGACGCCACGUAUCCGGAGAUUAUUGCACCGUACAGUGAAUCUGACAGAAACGCCACGACAGGCGACACCGAAGAAGAUAUGAUUCGGGUGUACUGGCACAUGCUCGAAGCAAUAGCAGGCAUUCCUGUGAUGGAUCGCUUCGAGGUUAAACUUGUGCCAAUGAAGGUGCAACUAGAGCGAGAAGCGGGCAAGCGUCUGUUUGAGUACAUCUUCCCUGGCAUGGAUAAAGACAAGGGAACAAAGGACGACUCGCCUCUCAUGGUCAAGCAUCAAGCUCCUAGCACAGAUGAAGUCGAUAUCGAGUCUACGAACAGCUCAGCCAGUCGUCUGGGCAUUCCAGCUGUGGACAAGGAUUCAUCUGGGUUUAGUACACGAGCGGGAUCCCUGGAAUUGCGUUUGAGACCGACAUUGACAUCGAACAACGUCCAGGAGAGCAGCCCGAAAAAGGCUCUCAGCGUCAAAAGCUCCGAGGGAGGCGGUCAUGCGUUUAGACUAUUCCGGUCUGGACACACGGGAAAGACGGUGAUAUCCAAGAAGGCGUCUCACGAAUCACUCCGAGGAACCGGCGCGCCUCGACCCGGCAUGAUGGUGCGAUCCUCCACGGGAUUCUCGUCCAAGGACAGCAAGGAUUCCACAGAAACUAAGAAGGGAUCUCGUUGGCGAGGCGGAAAGUCGCAGGCAGAAGACAAGCAGCAAUCGGAUGACCUCACUAAGAUGAUUAACCGAGCGAACAACUACAUGACGUUUGCAUACAUUCGGAUGCCGUCAGUGGUUCUCUGUCUGAGCUACAAGGGCAAAGACCAGCGCAACUUUGAAGACGUCCAUGACUUUGUGUUUCGACUCCCAACGAUUGAGUGGCAAAACAAGACGUGGUCCAACCUGGAUCUGGCGCUUGCUCUGAAGAAAGCCGUGGUGAAGGCCUUGAUUUCGCAUACAGGUGCCAUCAUAGGCAACAAGUUCUCCAAGCACCGACCUAACGCAGAGCAGCGCAGCAAGCUACGAGAAAUGGCAAACAGCUCUGUCCUCAUCACGACCUCGGGCUCCUCCCAGCAUUACGCUGCGAGCAUCAACGAUAGCGACGACUCGUCCAGCUUCUAUGGGACUUCACCAAUCGACUACUCUCGCUCUCCACCGCGCUCUGCACGCGCCGGCAGCACACACAGUAGCAUACCGGCGCCUCGAUCUACCAGCCGUAGUAGCAGCGUGGCCAGCGGUCGGUCUUACCGAACCGGCGGUUCAUCACAUAAUGGCCCCAGCGCACCGAGUUUCCUUUCCAUGACCACUCCCCCAACACCGAUCGAAGGGCGUAACGAAGCUGGCAUCGACUUGAUGCGUCCCUCCUCUAGCCACGGAUUCAGCAACUCCAACCACCGCCGGGCGCUCCGCAACGUCAGCGCAGGAGAUAGCCGGCCCUCCACGAGUGCAGGGAGCGUCGAAUCGGGAGAUCGUCGUAGAGCCGGUGCCCCCUCACUGAGAGACAGACUCAGUGUCUUUACGGGCCGCAAGCGCGAAAGUAGCGACGUACCAGACGAGAGCAAUGAUGUUACUGGAGAUGAUGAAAGCACAAACGAUGGGAAAACCCCGCGUGGGAAGAAGUUGAGUUGGGCACAAGCGCGGACUAAAACGGGCUGA